GCCGGGGCCGCAGCGGCUCCUCCUCCUCUUCCUCCUGGCACUCCCAGGCCCCGCCCGCAGCGCCACGAGCAGCCGGGACGGGCGGCGGCCGCAGCGGCUCCCGAGCACCCGCGAUCUUUGCAAUGAGUUACCCGGGCUAUCCCCCAGCGGGUGGAUAUCCACCAGCAGCACCAGGUAGCAGUCCUUGGGGUGGUGCUGCCUAUCCACCUUCAAAUCCACCUCCAAUUGGUCUGGAAAAUGUGUCUGGCUAUGCCAACCAGUUCAAUCCCAACCAGAUGGCUGGAAUGGCAUCCAACCUGGCAGGGACCUUUGGAGGAAAUGCACCACAAGGCAUGUAUCCUUCAACACCUGGGGGUUAUCCACCAGUCCCUCCAGGUGGCUUUGGGCAACCUCCACCAGGACAGCAGCCCUCCUAUGGGGGGUAUCCACCAUCAGGAAUGCCAGCUUACCCAGGAUACCCAGGCCAGCCCGCACCACCUCCUGGUCAGCAGCCUAUGAACUACCCAGGACAACCACCAGCAGCUUACCCAGGGCAGCAGCCCAUGCCAAAUUAUCCACCAGGUCCAGCUGUGAAUCCAUCUAUGCCCUCUUACUCAGGAACUACAGGGCCUGCAGUCUCUCCUGUAACACAUGGAAACCGAGGCACAAUCACCGAUGCACCGGGUUUUGACCCCCUGAAGGACGCAGAAGUCUUAAGGAAGGCCAUGAAGGGAUUAGGAACCGAUGAGCAAGCCAUUAUCGACUGUCUUGGAAGUCGUUCCAACAAGCAACGGCAGCAGAUAAUGCUGUCCUUCAAAACAGCUUAUGGAAAGGAUUUGAUCAAGGAUCUCAAGUCUGAGCUAUCAGGUAACUUUGAGAAGACAAUCUUGGCAAUGAUGAAGACACCUGUCAUGUUUGAUGCUUAUGAAAUCAAGGAAGCUAUAAAGGGUGUUGGCACAGAUGAAAAUUGUCUCAUUGAAAUCUUAGCUUCUCGCAGUAAUGAGCAUAUUCAGGAACUCAACAGGGUCUAUAAAGCAGAAUUUAAGAAAACUCUCGAGGAAGCAAUAAAAAGUGACACAUCUGGACACUUUCAGAGGCUUUUAGUUUCACUUUCUCAGGGAAACAGAGAUGAAAGUACAACUGUUGACAUGUCUCUUGUCCAGAGAGAUGUGCAGGAGUUGUAUGCAGCUGGAGAGAACCGUCUAGGAACUGAUGAAUCCAAGUUCAAUGCCAUUCUGUGUGCAAGAAGCAGGGCCCACCUCAGAGCAGUCUUCAACGAGUACCAGAGGAUGUGCAACCGGGACAUUGAGAAAAGCAUAUGUCGCGAAAUGUCUGGAGACCUGGAGAAGGGCAUGCUGGCUGUAGUUAAGUGUCUCAAGAACACACCAGCUUUUUUUGCAGAGAGAUUACAGAAGGCUAUGAAGGGAGCAGGAACAAAAGACAGGACUCUGAUCCGAAUCAUGGUGUCGCGCAGCGAGGUUGACCUGCUGGACAUACGCGCAGAAUACAAGCGGAUGUACGGCAGAUCUCUCUACGCAGAUAUCACUGGUGAUACUUCAGGAGACUACCGGAAAAUCCUACUCAAGUUGUGUGGUGGAAAUGACUAAAUGGAGCAUUGAACUUUUCUUAAAAAGCUUCUAUUUUCAUGUUUUUGCUGUAAAGCAUCUUUUUUUCUCCAAAAGUAAAUGUGUAAUGACCUGUUUUUUCUAAAGCAAUUGCAUUUUAAAAGAUAAUAUUGCAUAUAUCUUCAGUUCAAAAAUAGUAGGUAAUAAAUGCCAAAAACACCCAAAAUACCAAGCUUAUGUGCCAUCUGCUCAGGAUUCUGUAUAGCACUCUCAGCAAUCCAUGAAUGGCAGGUCAUUAUUUCUUUUCUGCUUAUAUCAUGCUGAAAUACUGUUUGUUUUAUAAAACAAAAAUCACAGUUGUAUGAUUUAAGGUGUUGUCAUUGCAUGCCAUUUUAAUGCGAGUUUUAUAUAUGCAGUAUGCAGAGCUGGUUUCAGGCUGUCUGACUCUCGGAUAUGGGGAGAUAGCAGCUUGAGUUUUUGUGUCUAAUUAAGACACAAAAGAAGUUUUAAAGAAGUUUUGUCAAGUUCUGUUUUCUUUCCUUGAUUCUUUUCAAGGAAGAUGUGUUCCACAUUUCAUUCUUGCCAAGGCAACCUGUCACGAGGCAGUAGUAGUGUUUACAGCAGUAAGGAUUCUCUGGUUAAUGUUUAAAGGUUUUGCACUGUGCCUUAAAUAUAUGUAUGUAAGAAGAGAUUAUGAAAUUAAAGCUGUCUAAAUCUUUGCAGAUUAUGCUUUUUGGUGUUCAUGUUGAUUUAUUGUGUGAGUAAUGACUCACUUUAUGUCACUUUCUUUUUCCAUUGAAGUUCUCUGCUUGAAUCUACAGGAUUAUUAGGAAACUGUUGUGUUGACGAGAGCUUGGUACUUAUGUGCUGUUGAUGAGCAAUUGUCUGUACAUGAUAUAUGUAAUCUGUAGUUAUUGCUCAGUAUUUUCAUUUUUGCAUGUUGUAUUUUAUCUUAUUCUUGGAACUCUGAAUUUCUAUUCUCUGCUAGCAUGGAUGGCAUCUAUCCAGCUUGUCAUUCUCAAAAAUAGAAACAUGAAGAGGAAAAAA